UUGAGAAGAGAGUGGUCCUAUAUGUAAACUGAAGAAUAUAUGCAAAUGCGUGACAAUCACGCCUAAUGCCUGAGGGUUGACAGGGCAGUUACUUCUUAUGAUACAAAGACAUAAGUCAGGUGAACCUUGGAUCACAGCAUCUACAGUUAAAUUUUAAAUGUUUGGAAGAAAUUCAUAUGGUAAAAACAAGGAAAUUAUGUGAUGUUUACCAUGUAUCUACUUACAAGAAUGUUCUAUGUCAUCUCUCAUCUGAGAGAUGCCCAAAAUGGCAAUGGCAGAUCCGAGUGAGAGUAGAAAUCAAAGAGAACUUCCAAAAUCCGCUGUCCGUGAUUUUGUGGAGCUCUUCUAAAAAGAGACGAAAUAAUAAGAUAUCAGGUCACGAAGUCUCAUCUCUUAUUGGCAUUUGUGGGCUGUACCUGAUGUGAAAAUUGUCAUGGGUUCCACCUGCGUUGAUCUGUCAGUGUCAAUCCAAGACUAUAUCAUCAAGCAAUGCACCCAGAAACUCAACUUCACACAGUCGCUGGAGAUUGAUGGUGUUAUGUGUGUGUCCCUUGACAAAAAUGCCCCUGAUGUAGUCAUCCAGAUUCAUCGCUGUAUUGUUCCAUCGACAGCAUGGAAGAAUAUGUCGCAACUUGAUUCUGGGCCUUGCCUCCCAGCUAACACAGACAAUUUACUUAGUGAUUUCGGUCAAACUACAUCAACAAGUGUGACACCUAAACCACCUGGGUCGAAAAAGCGAAGAAAAGGUGGAAGGAAAAAAUUGCCUGCUGUUCACUCAGUUACAUCUGAGAAUCAGAAUGCCAUUAGCCCUGGGAACUACUUUGUUCUGGACCAGCCUGCUCCAAAUUUAAAUAGUAAUGUUCCUUGUCCUCAACAGGAAGGCUUUGUUAGCCUUGGACCACCAUUUGUAUUGGACGCAAACCACCCAUUGUCCACAAGUGGAAUAACAACAUUUUCAACGCCACUUGCAGGUGUACCAGAUCAGUUACACUGGAACUCUGUACCAGCCCCCACUCCAAUGGCCCUCUAUGAUGUCACACGUCAGGUGACCAUAGAUAUUGGCGAUAUGAACCAAACCACCAAUCAGCAACCUUCCACAAGUUUAGCGGUGGGACAAAAGUUAGAUGGCGAUAAAACACCCCCACCCCCCAAAAAUGCUCCUCUUGUGAAGCCAACAAUCACUAAUAAAUCAUCGUCAAAAAAGAGUGCUAAAAGAAAAGCAGCACCAGUGAUUGUUCCAUCUCCUGUUGAAGAAAUGGUUGAAGAACUAGUCCCGAGAACCCGUCGAGGUGCUCAGAUUGAACAGAAAAAAACUCUUAGAGAUUCUAAAGUCCCUGGGCAGGUUUUGAUGUCAAAGCGCACCCCAAAAGUAAGAAUUGAAGUGAGCCCAGAGUUACAAGAUUUUCAACAAAAAGCAUCAAUGGAUCGUAAAUCAUACCCACAAAGAAAAGGAAAAAGUAAUCAAAGGUCUACUAAAGGAACCUCAAGUAAACCAGUUCCUGUUAUUAAACUUCCUGCUAAAACAACAGAUGAGGCUAUACGAAAGAGUAUAAGAGGAGCUCCAGCACAAAAGAAGAAGGAAAAAGUUGUUGUAGUCAACCCACCACAAGAUGACACAACAGCACUCACAAUCACCAGAAGAAGCAAACGUAGCCUUCUGAAAGAGGAGCCAAUUCCUGUAUCAACUGCCGAUCUGUCCGACAGUGAAAGUACUGGGAGUAGAAAGCGUCCUAGAAAGAUGGUCAAACCUAAACGACAUCCAGAAUACAAGAAAGAAGAAGAAAAGAAAGCUGAGGCUCAUAUCCCAGUGAAGAAAACCACUAAAGUGAAGACUCCUCUAAAACAGAAGCCAAUAAAAACUAAAGCCAGUUCAGGUUUAAAAGAAUCAUCGACUAAAGCAGCAAAAUCUUCUGCCCCUUCACCUUCAUUCAAAAAAUCAAUGAUGAAACGGUACUCAGAAAAAGCACCCUCUCCUGAAAAAUCAAUAAAGUCAGCUCCAAAAAUCCCUCCUGAGAUUAAACCUAAAGCCCAACAGCGUUCCAAACUUGGUUCUGCUUUAAUUAAGAAACAAAUGGUGAAGAAAACACCAAUCGUUAAGAAAAAGAUUGGACCAAAAUCCAAGGUUAAACCCAAUGUAAAGACUUUCAAAUCCCCACUGAUUACAAAGGAUCUAAAAAUUGUGCUAUCCCAAGUGAAUGCUGGUAUGGAAGCAUUAAAAAUAAGUAAACAGAAAAUCAUACCUGUGAAUUUGGAAGACAAUGAUACUGACGGUUCACUUGAUAAAGAAACUGUUGGUAAUAAAGACUUCCCUUCUAAAGACACUGACAAGACACCCGAAAGUAGUACAACAAACGCAGAACAUAGGAUUAAAGAGAAUACAAUUACAGACAAAGACAAUAUCGCCACAGUUGAACCUAAUAAAGUAAAUGAAGGUGGUAGUAUUACGGAAGAUAAGGUACUUGGGAAAAUUGACAUUGUUAAGGAAACUGUCAAGAAAGAUAUAAAUGAUUCAACAAAAGAUAAAGAAGUCUCUAAAGAUGAAGCUUGUGAUGCCGCAAAUGUAGAAAUAGAAAAAACUGCAGAAGAUGCAGAACAUGUUACUAGUGGUGCCUCAAAUGUAGAUGUAGAAAAGGUUACAGAUGAAGGACAGAAUGAAUCUUAUACUACUACAGAGAGCAAUGUAAGAAAUCUCCAAGAUACUGAAUUAUCCCAAGAUGAGGCAAUGAUUGAUGGUGAUUGUGAAGAUAAAGGAGAUAAAGCAGAAAUUGAUGAACAUAAUGGUGAAAAUUUAGGUAAUCAAGAAUUACCUGAAUGUAACCUUGAUGACCAAAACAUUGAACCAACUGGCACAGAUGAUAAUAUUACCCCACUUGAAGAUUCAGGAGGCACUCCAACAGCCACAGAUGGUAGUGACACUAAAGAAAGUGACACAGGUGAGGUACCUGAUGAGGAUGGAAGCAAGGGGAAAGAUACUGAUAUUCUUGGCAGAGCUCUGGCUGAAAGUGGUUUAGAUGAGAUGGCUUCAGCUAUGGACCAAUUGGACAGUGGAACUCUGAGCACACCAGCUGAACCCUCGCCAACAACAGAUGAGGAAGAAAUAAGUCUUUGAACAAUGGACCAACUUAGUGUUUUUCUCUACUUCAGUAUAUGUGUUCACGUUAUCAGAUUAUCCUAUUUUAUGUUUUAGUAUUACUUCAUCCUACACUCCAAUGUGCUUGUGGUUCAUACAUUUCCAGAAGAAUUUACAUUUUCUUUGGCUAUCAGCAAAUUCCUGGCUAUAGUUUGAAUACAAAACAUCCUUUUUUCGUAUUUUCCUAGUAAAUAGAUCUGAAAAUUUCUUGAGUUUUUAAUUAAUAUGUCAAAUCUGCAAAAUUCAAGUAGGGGCCAAAUUAAGUGUAUCUACAGUGUAACUUUUUUUCACAUUGAAACAUUUUCAUGGAAAAAAUGUUCUCUGCUUGCC